UUGCAAAGUGGGCUUCGUCACACUUUUAUGUCGAAACAUAAAAUACAAAAGAAACUUCGGCGUCUCCGUCGAAGCUUAUCGUCUCUGUCUCUUCAUCUUUUCAUCGCCUCUACCUUUUCGUUUUCUCCGAUCGAAGAGCGAGGAAGCCGAGAGUUAAUCGAGUUUUUACACAAUCAAUACUUCUUUUAUGAUUUCGUUUCACCUCCCCCUUUUCAUCCUUCUUUAUAUAUUGAUCUUUUUAUUUCAUAUAAACCAAAACCCUAGAACCAAUCAAAACUCGAUCCAUGGCGAUGAAACGAAAUGGGAAGUCGCAUGUCUCCUCAGACUCUGAUGAACAAUUCAUGUCCUUCAAGGAUGUCUCUCUAGGUCCCCAUGAAGCUCAGCUACGCUUUCGACUCAUCCAUUUCUGGGAGGCUCGGAACCCGGUGAAGAAGACACUGAUUGGCCUCGAAAUGCUCCUUAUCGACGAACAGGGAACUGUUAUUCAAGGAUUUAUCCCACCUGGACGAAUUAAGAAGUACCUGCCUGAUAUGAAACGUGGAUCGGUUUACAAACUCAUCAACUUCUACGGAUCGAAAAACAAACCGGUGUAUCGGGUUGCUGAUCAUCUCGCAACCGUGUCUUUCACAUGGAAUUCUGAAAUGUCGGCUCUUCACGAGAUUCCCAUCUCGAUUGAUGAAGACCGUUUCAGGUUUCAUUCACACGAAGAUUUUGAAACUAACUGUGAUCUCAAAGGUGACCUCUACGAUGUUGUAGGCCAUAUGAAGCUGGUCGAUGGACAGACCCUGAUUGAGCGUCCCAUCAUUGACGAUGUGAAGAUCGCUACCACUCGGCACAUCAUGAUUCAUGUGCAAUCACAUGAUGGGCCUGUGAUGAAACUCUACCUUUGGGACCAGGCUGCAACAGACUUCAUCAAGAAAUUCAACUCCUGUGAAAACACUCCCACGGUGCUUUUGGUCACAACCGUUAAAACCAAGCGUCUCGGAGGUACCCUUGCCCUGACGUCUAUGUCCUCUACAUGGGUUUUCAUGGACAAUGAUGUCCAACCAACCAGGAAUUAUUUAACAUGGCUGGGCUCUAACCCAGAGAUUGCUAAUCAGGUUAGCGCAGACGUCAUCACUAAGCGUGAGACACUGACUAUAGCAGAUAUAUUCUCCUACAUGAGUCAGGAAUCUGCAAAGGAUGCCUUUUUUGAGUGCACGGCUACGAUUGAUGAUGUUGUGCAUGGCUCUUCUUGGUACUAUAUUGGAUGCAGUGAGUGCCAUUCUAAGGUUACCAAAGGCACAAAUUCGUUGAUUUGUACAAACGCAAAAUGUGCAAAGGUUAACACAACUGGUGUUGCACAGUAUGAUUUCUCUCCUUAG